CCCUCCAGGAUACCCGUAGACAUUUUAGGCUCCAGGAAGAUCGAAUAAAAAUACUGAAAAGAUAAAUAAAAGUGCGGAUUGAGUCUGCAGAUAGGUGGGGACGUUAUACCGUGAGCUUCCCUUUCAUCUACGUUAUCUAAUUAGAUGACUGCAAAAGGCGUUUUGCCACCGCUCUAAAAAUUAUAAAGUGCUGCGUUGGUCUUUUGGUCGUUCCUUACUUCUUUUUCGGACAUUUUAAUGUAUACAAAUCGGUUUUUUUUUUCUUGUUUCCUGCACAGUUGUGUUUCCCCCCCCCCCCCCGGACGAAAUAGGCUGGGGGCGGUGCGCAUGGUGACGCUGUCAACUCAGGGGAUUAAAGUUUGUUUUCGCUGGAGGAGCUAGAGAAGGAGGAAGGGGGGAGACACCGAAAAAAAAAAAAAAAAAACCUCGAUGCGCCACCCCGGCAGCUCGGCACCGAGCUGGAAACAGCCGCGCUCCGAGACGGGCUUUUGGGCUUGACCUGGACGGACAAGAGUCGCCUUUCACGGCUUGCGUGGGUCGACUUUCAGCUUGUCUGCUCGGUCGGACACCGGGGCGAAAGUAUGCGGAUGUUCGUCGGUGCUGCGCGCACUCAUGCUUGCCCAGCCCUCGGUGCCGGUGUGGCGCAUCCGUGACCGUCGGCGAUUGGGGAUCUUAGUGGCCGAUCCGCCCAGUCAUCCGUCCCUGCCGGGCUGGGGUGUGAGCCGGGCAGCGUUUCCGACAUGUCCGGCGCUGCGCCCGGCUACGCGUUUCUCCGGCUGCCUCUGACCGGCGCCGCCGUGCGCGUCUGAGCACAGCUGGGGUUGCUGCGCUUCUGCGGACCGUUUGCUGGGCUUUAGUUACAAAGUACGGCUCAUCCGAUACUUAACUAUACUUUAAUGAACUAGUUAACAUACGAGUGAUUACGGAGCUCAGCCAAGUGGAUCAAAUACACUGCAUCUCCGAAAAAAACGCCACUGGAAUUUUAUCGGACUAAAUUAAAUACGGUUAAGGCGAAAACGCAAUCCCGUGAGAUUUAUAUAACAGUCCAUCACUGCAAAAUUCCUCUUGAAGUUUGAACAAAAUGUCUGAAAACGCUCCUACGCGCAGCUUGGAUGACAUAGACCUGAGUGCUUUGCGGGAUCCGGCUGGGAUCUUCGAGCUGGUGGAAGUGGUGGGCAAUGGAACCUAUGGCCAGGUGUACAAGGGUCGGCAUGUGAAGACCGGCCAGUUGGCCGCCAUCAAGGUGAUGGAUGUGACGGAAGAGGAGGAGGAGGAGAUCAAGGCGGAGAUCAACAUGCUGAAGAAGUACAGCCAUCACCGCAACAUCGCCACCUACUACGGCGCCUUCGUCAAGAAGAGCCCCCCCGGCCACGAUGAUCAACUCUGGCUGGUGAUGGAGUUCUGCGGCGCAGGUUCCGUCACGGACUUGGUGAAGAACACGAAGGGGAACUCGCUGAAGGAGGACUGGAUCGCCUACAUCUGCCGGGAGAUCCUGAGGGGCCUGUCCCACCUCCAUGCCCACAAGGUCAUCCACCGAGACAUCAAGGGCCAGAACGUGCUGCUGACUGAGAACGCGGAGGUCAAGCUGGUGGACUUCGGGGUGAGCGCCCAGCUGGACAGGACGGUGGGCCGCAGGAACACGUUCAUCGGCACCCCCUACUGGAUGGCGCCUGAGGUCAUCGCCUGCGACGAGAACCCUGACUCCACCUACGAUUACAGGAGUGAUAUUUGGUCGCUCGGGAUCACAGCUAUAGAGAUGGCGGAAGGCGCCCCGCCACUCUGUGACAUGCAUCCAAUGAGAGCUCUCUUCCUGAUCCCUCGGAACCCCCCUCCAAAGCUUAAGUCCAAGAAAUGGUCGAAGAAGUUCAUCGACUUCAUGGAGGGCUGCCUAGUGAAGACCUACCCCAGCCGGCCAUCCACGGAGCAGCUGCUGAAGCACCCCUUCAUCCGUGACCAGCCUACCGAGCGCCAGGUGCGCAUCCAGCUCAAGGACCACAUCGACCGCACCCGCAAGAAGCGUGGCGAGAAGGAGGAGACAGAAUAUGAAUACAGCGGCAGCGACGAGGAGGACGAGAACCGUGGCGACGAGCGUGAGUCCAGCUCCAUCCUGAACGUCCCGGGCGAGUCGACCCUGAGGCGGGACUUCCUGCGGCUGCAGCAGGAGAACAAGGAGCGCUCGGAGGCGCUGAAGCGGCAGCAGGCCCAGCUGGCCGCCCAGCGCCGCGACCCGGAGGAGCACAAACGGCAGCUGCUGCACGACCGGCAGAAACGCAUCGAGGAGCAAAAGGAGCAGCGGCGCCGCCUGGAGGAGCAACAGCGCAAGGAGCGAGAGAUGGUGCGGCAGCAGGAGAAGGGCCACCGCCGACUGGAGGAGAUGCGCAGGGAGGAGGACCGCAGGCUGGCCGAGAGGGAGCAGGAGUUCAUAAGACACAAGUUAGAGGAGGAACAGCGACAACUGGAAAUCCUCCAGCAGCAGCUGCUCCAGGAACAGGCCCUGCUCAUGGAGUACAAACGCAAGCAGCUGGAGGAGCAGCGGCAGUCGGAGCGGCUGCAGAGGCAGCUGCAGCAGGAACAUGCGUACCUGGUAUCGCUGCAGCAACAGCAGCAGCAACAGCAGCAGCAACAGCAGCAGGAGAAGAAACCGCAGCUGUACCACUACAGCAAGAACCUGGAGCCGAGCAGCAAGCCGGCCUGGGCACGAGAGGUGGAGGAGCGCAGCAAGCUGAACAGGCAGGGCUCCCCCAAGAUCUGCACAACCGUCUCCGACACUGCCAUCCAGUCGCGGUCGGACUCCGUCAGCCAAUCGGGUGCCGGCCAGGCUGCUCAAACCCCGCCCAUGCAGCGGCCCGUCGAACCCCAGGGUGGCCCGGGAAAGUUCCAGAUGGCUCAUCUCGUUCCCCUCAAGCCGUACGCGGCCCCCGUCCCUCGAUCACAGUCCCUCUGUGACCAGCCCACUAAGACCAUGUCCGCCUUCCCCACUCAGGACCCCACCCCUGCUCCCCGCUCCACCCCUUCCAGGGAGCUGGUCCGCCAGAACUCUGACCCCACCUCCGAGAGUCCCGCCCCCCAGCCUCGGCCAGUGAAGGAUGAGCGAGGGGCGUGGUCAGAUUUGCAUGAGGCGGAGCAGCCUCCCAAGGUGCCCCAGAGGACGACGUCCAUCGCCACAGCUCUGAAUGCCAGUCUGUCUUCUGGGAUCAAACACCCCAUCAGAGCCAGCAAUCCGGACCUGAGCCGUAACGAUCGCUGGGAGCGGGGCGAGGGUCUCGGGGGCGCAGCCAACCUGCCGCAGACCGGCUCCCUGGAGAGGCACCGCAUGCCCGCCUCGGCGAAGAUGGACUCGUCCCCCAUUCUGCCCCAGGACGGGCGCCAUAAGCCUGGGGAGUCGCGGACCUCGUCCCGCCCCAGCCGCCCGGCCAGUUAUAAGAGGGCAAUAGGAGAGGACCAUGGCCUGUACCCUAAGGAGCGCCUGGAGGAGCCCCCCCGGCCCCCGGCCAAAGCCAACGACUACUCGUCGUCAUCGGACAGCAGCGAGAGCAGCGAGGAGAGCGAGAGCGGGGAGGGCCCCGAGGAGGAGAGCCCCACGGAGAGGCCGCGGGACGCUGACGCUGACUCCGUGAGUACCAUGGUAGUCCAUGAGGAGGUGGGCGAAGCGGAGGAGGAGCAGCAGGCCGGAGGGUACGGGGACCAGACCCUGCUGGUGCAGCGGACCCCAGAAAAGCGUAGCCACAAUGGCUACACCAACCUGCCAGAUGUGGUGCAGCCAUCUCACUCUCCCACAGAAACUGCCUCCAACUCCUCCCCUGGGAAGGACCCUGCCUAUAAUUAUCAGUCCAAGGGAUUGGUCAAAGCUUCCGGCAAAUCGUCCUUCACCACCUUUGUGGAUCUUGGGAUGUACCAACCGCCAGGAGGGGGGGGAGAUGCUGCCUUUCAGCAAGGCCUCGGCCCCCGGUUCGAGCAGCUCAAGAUGGAGGUGAGGAAAGGCUCGAUGGUGAACGUCAACCCAACUAACACCAGGCCCCCCAACGACACCCCCGAGAUCCGCAAGUACAAGAAGAGGUUCAACUCGGAGAUCCUGUGUGCUGCUCUCUGGGGGGUGAACCUUCUCGUGGGCACAGAGAACGGGCUGAAGCUCCUGGACCGGAGUGGCCAGGGGAAGGUCUACCCCCUCAUCAACUCCCGGCGCUUCCAGCAGAUGGACGUACUGGAAGGCCUCAACCUGCUCAUCACCAUCUCAGGCAAGAAGAACAAGGUUCGCGUUUACUACCUGGCCUGGCUGCGGAACAAGAUCCUCCACAACGACCCCGAGGUGGAGAAGAAACAGGGCUGGACCACCGUGGGCGAGAUGGAGGGCUGUGUGCACUACAAAGUGGUGAAGUACGAGCGCAUCAAGUUCCUGGUGAUUGCCCUAAAGAAUUCGGUGGAGGUCUACGCCUGGGCACCCAAGCCCUACCACAAGUUCAUGGCCUUCAAGUCCUUUGGUGACCUGCCGCACAAACCCCAGUUGGUUGACCUGACAGUGGAAGAAGGUCAAAGGUUAAAGAUCAUCUAUGGCUCCAGUGCAGGUUUCCACGCCAUUGACGUCGACUCUGGGAACAACUACGAUAUCUACAUCCCGGUGCAUAUCCAGAGCCAGGUGGUUCCCCAUGCCAUCGUGUUCCUGCCCAACUCAGACGGCAUGGAGAUGCUGCUGUGCUACGAGGACGAGGGUGUCUACGUCAACACCUACGGGCGCAUCAUCAAGGACGUGGUGCUGCAGUGGGGCGAGAUGCCCACCUCCGUGGCCCACAUUUGCUCCAAUCAGAUCAUGGGCUGGGGAGAGAAGGCCAUCGAGAUCCGCUCCGUGGAGACCGGCCACCUGGACGGCGUCUUCAUGCACAAGCGAGCCCAGAGGCUGAAGUUCCUGUGCGAACGGAACGACAAGGUGUUCUUCGCGUCCGUCCGCUCCGGCGGUAGCAGCCAGGUUUACUUCAUGACCCUGAACAGGAACUGCAUCAUGAACUGGUGAAGCACAGGAUGCUGUUAACCCCCCCCCCCCCCCCCACUAUGUAUUUUUGCAUCCCAUCCAGUCCCUACGCUCUCCUCCCCAGUCACACCGGUCUCCGGGGUUCGGCUCCUGCUAUUCAUCAGGAAUAGCACCCCGUGGCCCUUGCUGCCCUCUGAUCGCAGCACAGCCACCCCCGUCUCACUUUGGAAUAUAUAGUGGGGGGGGGGGGGGGGGGGGACACCAAGGGGCGCAGUGACACAGAAUGGGGAGCAUAAUAAAAGAUGAAUGUAUAUAGUGUAUAUAGGUGCAGUGUCAUGCGGCUCACACCAGUGGGGGUCUCCAUGAGGAGGAGGAAGAGUUGUGGAUCUCAGACCUUUCCUGUACAUAAUUGCUUCUAGGCCUAACAUGCACUGUAAUGGUGCCCCCUAGUGGAGUGCGAGAGCAACAUUCUGUUUGGUGGGGAUCUUGGACAUGCGCGUGGAUGGUCUGCACACUCCAAGAAAACGAUCCUGUUCUGUGUUCGAAGCGGGGUAACACCUGACCAAAACGAGUCGUUUCGUUAGGAUGUCCUGCUUCCCUGGGAAGCCGUAGACAGAAGGCGCAGAAUGCUGUAUAUGUCACUGCUGCCUUCGGUAUAUGGCUGCCUCUUCUCAGGGGACGGGCUGGGUACUGAUCUGAGCACAGAUUGAUGCAGGACCCCCAACAGCUUCGUACAGGGCGGGGUACCCGUUUUCAACUCCUUUUCGCUUAAAUCUUGCAUUUAAGAAUCGUCUAUUUCUCCUCCUUUGUUAUUGAUUACAGAGGUACUCGCUGUCACUUUAUCCUGCUGUACAGACCCGGUGUUUUCUGUCUGUUGUCUUUCGAAAGGGAGGUGUUGGUACCCCCCCCGGUUUUCCCCGUGGGAGGGGUGGUGAGUAGAGGCUGUUGUGACUGGCAUUAGGUCCCUCUGUGGGAGUCAUUUGAUCAAGAGGCCAGUCAUCUGAGUUCGGCGUCUGCUGAAGGACGGUCUCAGAGGCGUCCGAGGAGCGUGGGAAUGUGACAUGUUUGGGUGAGCUUGUUUUUUUUUUGGGGGAGGGUGGUUUGGUUUGGGUGGGGUGGGACAGAAGAGCAAUAUUUAUGUGGUUCCUGAGCCAGCAUUGACUCGAUGCUGACUAGUCAGUGACUUUUUAAACUACAGAUGACAAGAUGGCCUGAAGCAGUCCGGGAUUAGCAGUUCCGGACUUUCACAGUGCGACGCCGGAAUGUCUAAGGCGGUGUUUACCCCCUUUUUAAUUAUUUAACUCUAAUCAAUAUAAUUAACUUGAUUAUACAUCCAGAUUAAUAAUAAUAUAAUAAUGGUUGAAUGUGGUAAGAUAUCAUUUGACAAUCCACUCGUGUUCCCUUGUGGUGUCUGUUUUCUAAUAUGAAGUUUAGUAUAAUGAAUCAGACAGGUGCAUACGUCUCUAAACAGCACAGAUAUGGUUGUAAACGUUGUCUUUUUUUUUUUUUCCCCCGCUAACUUUUUGUAUAACCCAAAGUCAGUUUUAAAUAGCUCGACCGUAUGUUAUCCGUUAAUGUCAGUACAUCAUACGAGUGACCUGGGAUUUAACGUUAAUUUAGGAUGUGAGUGAACUUUUAAGCAUCCUUAAAUUUCGUGUGUGCAGUGUCCAUGACGGCCCUGCAGUCGAGGUUUUCCUUUUUCAUAGGCGUGCUGCAUAUUAUAUAUAUUUGUAUCGUAAUUAAACAGCACACGGAUCCGCGCCUCCUUUGAUCAGAUCGCAUGUGAACGGGAAGCGCGUCUGCCGCGCAGAUCGCCACGGACGACAAACGUCGUACGGGUGUCAUGCAACGCUUCGGGUUCCCGGCUGAGACUAAAUCCAAAAUGCUUAUGUGCGUUAAGUUAGACUCUGACAGGGAUGCGGUCUAUAUAGUGCCUUGGAGUGAUGGGAGGAUGGGGAGUGAGAAGUGGCACUUCUGGGGUCUACCACUAGAGGGCACCAACUCCUCAGUUUCUUCUUUUCUGCAGUGAAGUGCACUUUAACUGGUGAAUGGUGGGUAAUUCGUAUUUGAAUUCUUUUAAACAUUUCAAAGUUUAUUGGUUUAAAAAGCUUAAUCGUCGUGCUCUUUUAUUACAGAUUCCUUCAGGCUUCAGGUUGAGUGCACGACACCAGGUCGGCUAUCUGAGGAUAUUUGCUUAUUGUAAGAAAUGGGAGAUGGAAAGAACAUGCGUGUAGAAAGUCUGCUUUAAUCUCGGCUCAGUAUGUAAUUCCUCUUUUUACGCAUUUGUUUCUUAUGUCAUUCCACAGUUACGUAAACGUGUUUUGGGGCUAGUCUGCACAUACGUUAAAUAACUCUUGGUAAACUCCCCGCUAUAUCGAUGGCCUUGGUGUUUAUUCCGCCUUCCAGAAUGCAGGGCUCGAUUGGUGUUGGUAGACGGGAGUUGCGAGCUGGGACAUACCAUCUCUGCUCGGGCCAGAUCAUACCAACUCUGGCCUCCCCUCCUGUUUAAAUGGACUUUUCUGUAACGCUGCACCCAGGCUGCACUGUUGCUAAAUGCUGAUGGAGACAGUUUUAGCCCAAUCAGGCGAGGAGGGCGUGUCCGGAGACAGUUUUAGCCCAAUCAGGCAAGGAGAGCGUGUCCAGAGAUUCACGCUGUGCACCUUGACGCGAGAGACAAUGAAAGUGAGUGUGGUUUAUGCACAAGAUGUGCUGAAAAGCUUUAAUAUGUGAUUAAUUAUAUGACAUGGAUGUGAGUCGUUGGUGACCAGAGAGCUGGGGGGGGGGUGGAUUAAAUACGAUAUUCCGAGUAUUUUAUAUCCAUAGUCUAUGAAAAAGUUUUAAUGAAGUAGCAAGAAUUAAACGUGUGUACAAAUUAUGGUGUUUUUCUGCUUUUAAUAAGUGCCAAAUCUGUUUGUUCUUGAGUUUUGAUGGUACACGACCUCUCACGUGUCCCUGCGUGUACAGCCGCCAGGUCCAGGGUCAGUCAACCCAUUCGGUUACACAGGCGGCCGGCCCAGGACGCUAUCCUCUGAGGGGGCUCGUGGGGAGCAGUUGGAGAUCCGUGGGUUGGUUGGCCGGUUAGUUGAUUUGCAGCCCUUAUGAAGAGCAGGCAAUUGGGUGUAUUUCUGCAGCAACUGGUUAACAGGCUUCUACUUCUUGUAUAACUCACAAGUCCGGUUCUUCAGCAUCUCUUCUCUAGUUUUGGAACAGAACCGCUUAUAACGUUUAAAAUGUAUGCCAGCCUGAGUUAAAAAAAAAAUAUAUAAUAAUUGCACGUUGUACAGUCCUGUGUGGUGGGAUGGAGGAAAGAGUUCUCUGUUUUUGAUAGUUUCACGUGGUGAACGGGUUCGACCACCGGCCGUGAUUGUACAGGAUGAAAAGGAGAGCAGAUCUGUCUGAAAGUAGAUCAUUCCUGACUGAAGGCAUUUCUCAUUUUUAUUGCUGCAGUGUCUGGAGGGGGCGGGGCUGGGACUGCAGCCCCGCCCCCGCUCUGAAUGUCCGCUAACUCAUUAAAUGCUCAUUAAGCACUGUCCAAGGUCUGUUUCACAAUUAUUUAGUCAGUUUUUUUUUAUUUGCUGCUGCCUAUGUGUUUCUGAUUUUUUUUUCCAACGAACUCUUGUUAGUUUAGCCUUACUACUACGAGUGUGCAUUUUAAGCAGUUAUUUUGCAUUCUAGCCAUUAGUGUCGUAAUAUGGCGUCGUCUUUGUAUGCGAUUCGUUCGAGGCACUGAGCCCAUUAUAAAAUGAAGCUUUGCCUGUAUUUUGGUUUUACGAUCUGCGUGUGAUUUUUAAAAAUUCUCUUGCUUUAUCCUGACGAAACUCUUUAUUAGACUACGUCCAUUUCAGGAUGGGCCACACCGAUUUCCGGAACUCGCGCAUUCGACAGACUUGCGAGAUGGAGUCUUAAGGUUGUGUUGACAGAGAGCCUGAGUCUGUAAAGUCUUUAUGCAAAACAAAUAAAUAUAUUGAUAUCCGUCA